GUCGGGCGCGGGGGCGCCUGGCGGGAGGCGGGGCGGGGCGGCACGGCACGUCCCGUCCCAUGCUUUCCUCUCUUCCUUUGCAGCCCGGCCCUGAGCCUGCUGCCGCGGAGCCGCCCGCAGGGAGCGCGCAGGGAGCUGCACGCCACGGCGUGCCGAAAGGGGCUGGAAGAGUUUUUUGACGACGAGAAAAACUGGGGAGAAAUAACAGUCAAAUCCGAUGAACAAUAAAGCUACAUUCGUGUAUUCGUAUUGUAAAUAGCAAUCGUGUUGAUUUGGAAGGACUUCUUUGAGGUGACUUUGCUGCGGUUUUUGAAGGGCUCUCGGUUGGACGUUUUGAAGGGUUUUUGGCUGGAGUCUUCUCGGGAGAGACGGCUGCGGGUUUUUCUGGAGUCUCGUCUGCUUUCUUAAAGAAAAUGUCCCAGGAGGUUUGGACAGAUGUUCUCCGGGGAGACGGGUGACGCAGCGACUUGCUCGCUGGCGUGGCCUCGGAUCAAGCGUUGUAAAGUUGAAACUGCCGUCAAAAAGUUGAAACAGGGCAUCAAUUUAUAAACGUUGUGAAGCUUGGAAAAUAACACAUCUAAGAGGCAAGAGUAGCGAAGACUUGCACAAACUUUGCAAGAAGCAAAACGACAAAGAUUACCCAUGCCAAGUCCAGAGCGAUUAGAAAAGGUAGAAACUUCCAUGAAAAGAUUAGACGAAGUUGUUGAAGAAAGAGAAACUGCUCUACGGCUUUUACAAACUGGUCAGGAAAAAAGCAAACCUGGGGAAUGGAGACACGACUUCUUAGGACGUACCAACUGGUAUACUCUUAGGGAGUGGCCCAUACCUUGGUACUUAAACGCAAGACACAAGAGGAAGAGAUUCUUCUACACACCGAAUGUGAAGUAUUUUAUCAGACUGAGACUGGAAAAAGCAUUGCGACAAAAGGCAAGGAUGAAUGCCUUAAAAAGAUCGAAGCAGAAGCUUUUAGAAAAGAAAUUCCCUCAUCUGGCUGCAAAGCCACAAAUUUAACAACAUCCUGGGCUUAUGCAAGUAACUAUGACUAGGAAUCUACACUGUUUCAUGUGACCAGAUAUAUUAUAUACUGGUUAUAGAAAAUGUAUAUCAUGGUGGAGUGCUUAAAGUGGUGUUGGUUUUUUGUUUGUUUUGUUGGGUUUUUUUUUACUGUGGAGCAGAGACAAUAAGCCAAAAACCUCGCUCCUUAACCUAAAAUUAAAUCCUGAUCUGGUCAGGUGACCUUCACAAAACUUUUAAAAUAUGUGACUCAACGCAGCUUGACUCUAAAAUAAUAUAUUACUUGUUUCUAGGAAGCUUAUUUCAACAUUAGUUCUUCUAAAAUUGAACUGUUCCUGCUUAUUCACCGGUACAUGGGCAAAUAACAGCCAGACCGUAGUCUACAAUUGCCUGUAGUGUAUACUUGUCUGUGUUAGCUUUCAAAAAGAUGCAUCUCGAUUUAGUUUCUCGCUCUCAACAGCAUCUCUUCACAUUAAAACAGAGAUCCAUUCCUAUUUAAGCUACUGGCUCUACUUUGUCACUCCUGCUUAGAACCAUAACCUUAAAUACCACUUUGCCAGCUAACAUCUACGAAGAGAAGACAUUUUGCAGAAAUAGUCAGUUCUACACCAGGAACGUUUCACACUGUGCACACUUAUAGAACAAAAACAUGAAAUAUAUCAAUUUAAGAACGUUAAUGUUUAGGUAGUCCCAAUAAGUUUGUAUAAGAUGAAUGUAGAUAGCUUUUUCCCCACUGACAAAAGGCAGCCUUUCCAUGCAAUUGCUAAAUGAUGGUUUUGCUUAGCUAGAACUGGUGCACAGUUCCAAUAUUGAUACAUACUGGAUAGAGGUGCACUGACAUAUCAGAUCGGCACCAGUAACAGGAAAAUUAACAUUAUUGGCAAUUGGCUUUUUUGGGCAAUAAUGUUACCAAUAAAUGCUAUGUGCAAGCACAUAGCUGCAUCGUGUAUGCAGCCAGGAAUGCAGCAUCCUGCUGGGAAGUCUGUGGGGAGGGAGGGCAGAUUGAGGUCCCCACAGUGAGGGAAGGAGUGAGGGUAGAGCUGGGGCAGUGGUAAGGAGGGGAGGUAGGCUUGUGUGUACACCCUCAGAUUUGUGCACAGGGUGAGGACAGUGUGCCCGCUGUGGUGGGGGGACUGGGCCUGGGCUGUGCUUCAGGCGGGCAGGGGAGGUGCAGGCUCAGCUGUGCUGGGUGGGUGGUGGCAGCAGGCUUGGGGGGGGGCUAUGGCCACCCCAAGAUUCCCUGUAGCCUCACUGUAGUCACCCCUUCCAGCAGCACUGCCGCCCACCCAGAAGUGGACAACCCACCCUCACCCCACACAUUGGGGGGAGGGUACAUGGCCCCCUCAUGCUUUCUCUGGGGGUACGCACAUUGGCAGAGAGCCACAUGCUCCCUCCUUCUCGCCUCCCCCCUGUCGACCUGCUUGUGGCUCCAUCCCACUCCCAGCUCAGGGGUCCUAUUCACCACUCUGCCUGGGUAGCACAUGCCCGUGGCUCUGCCCCACUCCCUCCAUCCCCAUGGGAGUCUCAAUCUGCACCCCCAUCUGCCAAUUUACCGGCAAGAUACUGCUCUCCAAGCUGCUGGACUGCAUUCCUGUAACUCUGCUCCUGUGUGGCUGGGUAAUAAUCGGCUAUUGGUAUCAACCAAGAAGAUCUUUAUUGGUGCACCCCUGUUGAAUGCAUCUACUACCCCAAAGAACCGAAUUUUGUAGCACCAAACACACUGUAAUUUGAGCAGACUAAGCUCAUCUAGGUAAUUAUAAGAACCCUAAAAUCCAUUACAAAUAAUUAUGUGAUUGAUUAUAUUUAAGUUACCUUUGGACUUCUAGAGUGUGUACCUAAGAAAUAAAGAUUGAGCAUGCAGCUUAAAGCGCUACCCCUCUGGAAGUAACAGUUUUGACAGCUAAGAAAGAUGGCUAGAUUCAGCCUUCCCUCAGUAGCUAGCAACACUGAAUUGAGUGAGUAGUUCCAGACAGUGGUUGUAUAAGAGAGUUCAUUUCCAUUUGGGCAAAACUUUUACCAAACAAAACAGUAAGAAAGCUUAUUCAUCCUCAACUCCAGGAUCAUUUCAUGGCAUACAAGAGGUGAGAAAUAUGAACACCCACUCAUUGAAACUUCUUGCAUUUAAGUGGAGGUGGCUUAGAAUUUAAAGUAGAAUCAUUGUGUACAUAAAGACUGUAGCCUUCCAGGAAACAAGCAACUAUACUUAAAAGGACCACCUACAAAGCAGUCAGUCUAUAAAGGGGACAGAAUCAAACUGGAAUCAAGUAACUAAGAAAAUACUCUGUAGCACAAAGAACAAACAACAACAACAUCUCAUCAAAGUAGAUAAGAAAUCUUAAUAGAAAAGAUAGCAGGGCAAAAUUCUCAAGCAAAUUACUGUAGUCAUACUGUGGUUUUCUUGUUUUAAGAAAAAUUUAUCUGCAUUGUGUCCCUCCCUCACUAUAACUAAAAGGUUGUAAACAUUAACAGCUGAAAUUAAGACCUCAGUAGUCUACAUCCUAAUACUUCCUACCAUAAAGUCAAGGAGAGGGAACAGACAUCUUAAUUUUUUCUUUGUCCUUCGCCAAGCUGCAAGACAUAAUUUCUAUUAUUUAAUUGAUGGCAAACAUACAGAAGGUUGAAAUAAAGUUGUUUCUUUCUGGCUUAUUAAAUUGAUUCUGACAUUGUAAA